AUGUUUCGGGACGAUGCCCCCAUUUUGAACCCUCACGACGGCGAAACACGCACAACAUGUCUUCCGUACGACCGCAAAGGAAAAGCAAAACAGGCAGAAAGGCAGAAAAGGCAGAAUCUUGUUGGAUCGGGCUGCCGCCAGCAGGUCCAGCCACUGACGGCGGAUGCGUUUAAACGCGUGACGGGCUUUGAAAAUGAGGCGGCGGGCGAAAAGACACUGCAAGGGGAGGUCGACUGA